CUACGCAACGCUUUUGACUGCGGCGAGCCAUUUGUGGUGGCAUUUACACCUUCACUCAGCCUUCUCCUGUGAUACUACACAAACACAAAUAUGGCAUUUUUGGAAGAACUGAAAAGCAGAAAUUUCUCUAUCUACGCUCAAUGGCUGGGACUCCUUUCCAUUUUGCUUGACAUCAUUUUGGGCAUUGCCAACUUGUUCCACAUCAAGUUGGUCGUCUUGUUCUCAGCACUCACGCUGGUCGAGGGUGUGCUUCUCAUUUUCAUCGAGAUCCCACUGCUGGCUCGCGUCUGUCCUGUCUCCGACAAGUUCCAGGCUUUCACAAACGCCUUUGCCAGCAACUACUACCGUGCACUUAUCUACAUUCUUUUCGCCGUCGUCACGUUCCUCGGCUGCAUUUUCCAAAACACCAGCCUCAUUGCCGCUGGAGUCGUCAUGGCUCUGACCGCCUUGUGCUACUUGCUUGCCGGAAUCCGGGGCCACGAGUUCACCUCUAGUGCUACCCUGGGCGGCACCGGUGUCGCUGCCUCCAUGGUGGUAUAAACUCCCUGAGGUGAGGAGGUCCGUUGGGACAAGGAGUGUUUGUUAAUAAUAUCAUAUUCACUAAAAUGGA